AUUACAUAACGGAAGUGCUAGCAAAUGGUUUAUUAAAAUAAUGAAAUAAACAUUGUUUUCUUAUAAAUAAUAAUAAAAGAACAUGAUUUGUGCGAUUAGUGACGUACACGUGCAAACAAGAUGACUUUACCCGAUCUGGUAGCUGGACUUUCGUCAAAUCCCUACUUUGGGGCUGGUUUCGGACUGUUUGGAGUGGGCGCCGCUGCUGCCAUAUUGCGGAAGGGCCUCCAGGGCGGAUUGAUUCUGUUCCGGCGACACUGCAUGAUUACCCUGGAGGUGCCGUGCCGGGACAAAUCCUAUCAGUGGCUGUUGAAAUGGAUCACCAUCAGAGGGGCCAAGAAAACGCAGCACUUGAGCGUGGAGACGAAUUUUGUGCAGAACGACAAUGGUACGAUUAAAACCAGCUAUGACUUUAUACCGAGCAUAGGCAAGCAUCUGUUCCAAUACAAGGGCAACUGGAUUCAGGUGGAGCGAACCAGGGAACAACAGACAUUGGACCUUCACAUGGGUGUUCCAUGGGAAACAGUGACGCUGACAGCGUUUGGCAACAAUAAGGGCAUAUAUUUUGACAUCCUAGAAGAGGCUAGGCAACUGGCCCUGGAAGCCACAGAAGGCAAAACGGUGCUCUAUACAGCGAUGGGCGCGGAAUGGAGACCCUUUGGGCAUCCUCGCAGAAGACGUCCCACUGGAUCGGUGGUGCUAGAUCGCGGAACUUCGGCAAGAAUCAUUGCUGACUGCCAGGACUUCAUUAAGAGCUCUCUGUGGUACACGCAGCGCGGAAUCCCCUAUCGAAGAGGCUACCUCCUAUAUGGGCCACCUGGUUGUGGCAAGUCUAGCUUCAUUACUGCCCUGGCGGGGGAACUGGAGUACAGUGUCUGCCUGUUAAACCUAUCCGAAAGAGGCCUCACAGAUGAUCGACUUAAUCACCUCCUGAAUGUGGCGCCAGAACAGAGUAUCAUUCUGCUGGAGGAUAUCGACGCAGCAUUCGUCUCACGGGAAGCUACUCCGCAGCAGAAAUCCGCCUUUGAUGGCCUCAACAGGAUCACGUUCAGUGGACUCUUAAAUUGUUUGGAUGGUGUGGGCUCCACGGAAGCCAGAAUUGUAUUCAUGACCACAAAUUACAUUGACCGCCUGGAUCCCGCCUUAGUUCGUCCUGGUAGAAUCGAUUUAAAGGAAUACAUUGGCUAUUGUACGCAAUAUCAGUUGGAGGAGAUGUUCAAGAACUUCUUUGCCAACAGUGACCCCACAAAAGCCGAGGAGUUCGGAAAGCGAGUGAAUUCCUUUGGACGUUCUGCAAGUCCGGCGCAAAUUCAAGGCUUUUUUAUGAAGCACAAACUGUCCUCGCCUCAAACUGUUAUUGAUUCUUGUGAGGAUAUCUGGGAAAAUGUUUUAGAUCAUAAUAAAAAAAAUAAUUAAAUGGUUGUAGAUUUUGUUUACUUGAAGCUCUUUAAGACAAGUCUGAUAUCUUGUUGGGUCUUAUACAAUUAAAACAUCUUUCAAUUUACUGUCA